AUUUCUUUUUUUCUUCCCUUUUGCUUAGUGGGCUUACAGUAUUCAUGGAGCUUCCGGAGAAGCUUUUCUUUGCAGCAUUUCUCAUUCUUUCGGUGACUAUUGAUGGAACGCAAGGUGAUACUAUGGUCACUGGCACUGUCCUAUGUGACCAAUGCAAAGAUGGGCAGAUAUCCCUUUUCGAUUAUCCUGUUAAUGGUGCAAAAGUAACUCUGUCCUGUGCAGACAGCAAUGGACAAAUCAUAAUGUCAAGAGAAGAAACAUGUAAUUGGUUUGGAAGCUAUACAAUGAGGUUCGAUGGUGCACCGGACUUGAGUGGUUGUUCUGUCCGUGUCUCAGGAAGUGGGCAAGGUUCAAUGGGUUGCGGUGAAGGUGCUGGUGCUGCCCAAAAUCCUAGACUCAUGUUUAGGAUGUUUGACAUGGAGAUGUAUACGGUGGAUCCUCUCCUUGCUCAGCCUGCUCAGCCCAUGCAAAACUGCCCAAGAUCUUCUAACCCAGUGCCAGCACCAGUCACAUCACCCAUGUCUCCUCCACAUUUCAAUCUUCCCCCAGUGCCUGGACUUCCUCCAUUGCCACCCUUGCCACCACUACCACCAGUGAUUUUUGCAGAAGCUUCAGCAUGUCCAUCACAGAAGUGGACAAUGCCAGAAUAUAAAUGCUACUGGAGGGGAGUGAACCGGGACACUAAAGUAGCAGUAGCUUUUGGAAUGGUGGCAGCAAGGAGAUACGGAACAGACAUUACACUGUGGAAUGGGUUGCAAGGGAGAGGAGAUCCUUACAGGACUCUUUUGAGAGAAGGGGUAACUGCACUUCUUAACUCAUAUAACAGCCUUCAAUUCUCUUAUCAUCCACUUGGCGUAGUCGAACACAUGAAUUUGGCUUUGAUGGGCUCAACUAGGAGUGUUCUGCUUACAGCUCUACGCUUCAAGAGGGCUAACACUGGUGCUGGAAAUGUCACCUGCAAAUUCACCACUUGCAAAUAAUUUAUAGCCUUC